AUGGCGGAAAACAAAGGCGGCGGCGGCGGCGGCGAGGCCGAGAGUGGCGGCGGCGGGGUCAGCGGCAGUGCAGCGGCGGCGGCGGCGGCCGGGCCCGGGGCUGCGGGACCCGCGGGGCUGGAGGCGGAGCCGCCUCUCGCCGCGGUGCUAGUGGAAGAGGAGGAGGAGGAGGAGGGCGGCAGGGCCGGGCCGGAGGGCGGCGCGGCUGCCGGGCCCGAGGACGGGGGGGUGGCCGCGGCCUCCUCGGGCUCAGCCCCUGCGGCCUCCGCCGCCGCCGCGGCCUCGGCGGGUCCCGCGGGUCCGGGAGCGGCGAUUGCGGCCCCGGCCCCGGCGACUCCGGCAGCCCUGGCGGCUCCGACCCCUGCGCCGGCGGGGCCGCCUCCCGGGCCCCCGGCCUCGCUGCUGGACACCUGCGCGGUGUGUCAGCAGAGCCUGCAGAGCCGCCGUGAGGCGGAGCCCAAGCUGCUGCCCUGUCUGCACUCCUUUUGCCUCCGCUGCCUGCCCGAGCCCGAGCGCCAGCUCAGCGUGCCCAUCCCGGGCGGCAGCAACGGCGACAUCCAGCAAGUUGGAGUAAUACGAUGCCCAAUAUGCCGCCAGGAAUGCAGACAGAUAGAUCUUGUUGAUAAUUACUUUGUGAAAGAUACAUCUGAGGCACCUAGCAGUUCUGAUGAAAAAUCUGAACAGGUGUGCACAAGCUGUGAAGAUAAUGCUAGUGCAGUUGGAUUUUGCGUAGAAUGUGGGGAGUGGCUUUGCAAGACUUGUAUAGAAGCACAUCAACGAGUAAAAUUCACUAAGGAUCAUCUAAUUAGGAAGAAGGAAGAUGUUUCAGAGGCUGUUGGAGCAUCUGGUCAGCGCCCUGUUUUCUGUCCUGUCCACAAACAAGAACAAUUGAAACUUUUCUGUGAAACGUGUGAUAGACUGACAUGUAGAGACUGCCAACUAUUGGAGCACAAGGAACAUAGGUACCAGUUUUUGGAAGAAGCAUUUCAAAACCAGAAGGGUGCAAUUGAGAAUUUAUUAGCAAAACUUCUCGAAAAGAAAAAUUAUGUUCAUUUUGCUGCAACUCAAGUGCAGAAUAGGAUAAAAGAAGUAAAUGAAACUAACAAACGAGUAGAACAGGAAAUUAAAGUGGCCAUUUUCACUCUCAUCAAUGAAAUAAAUAAGAAGGGCAAGUCUCUCUUACAACAGCUAGAGAAUGUUACCAAGGAAAGGCAAAUGAAAUUGAUACAGCAGCAGAAUGACAUCACAGGACUUUCACGGCAAGUGAAGCAUGUCAUGAACUUCACCAACUGGGCAAUUGCAAGCGGCAGCAGCACAGCAUUGCUCUACAGCAAGCGACUGAUUACUUUUCAGUUACGCCAUAUUUUGAAAGCCCGCUGUGAUCCUGUUCCAGCUGCUAAUGGAGCCAUACGUUUCCAUUGUGAUCCUACCUUCUGGGCAAAGAAUGUGGUCAAUUUGGGUAAUCUGGUUAUUGAAAGCAAACCAACUCCUGGUUAUACACCUAACGUUGUAGUUGGACAAGUUCCUCCAGGCACAAACCACAUAAGUAAAACACCUGGACAGAUUAACCUGGCUCAACUCCGCCUCCAGCACAUGCAGCAGCAGGUGUAUGCCCAGAAACACCAGCAGUUACAACAGAUGAGGAUGCAGCAACCACCAGCAGGAGCAGCAACUACAACAACACCACCACAGCAGCAUCCUAGACAAGCAGCUCCUCAAAUGUUGCAGCAGCAGCCGCCACGAUUAAUCAGUGUGCAGACAAUGCAGAGAGGAAACAUGAACUGUGGGGCUUUCCAAGCCCACCAGAUGAGGAUGGCUCAGAAUGCUGCUCGAAUACCAGGGAUACCCCGGCAUAGUGGACCUCAGUAUUCCAUGAUGCAGCCUCACCUCCAAAGACAACAUUCUAACCCAGGACAUGCCGGGCCUUUUCCUGUUGUAUCUGUACAUAAUACCACGAUCAACCCAACCAGUCCCACUACAGCCACCAUGGCAAAUGCUAAUCGUGGUCCUACCAGCCCUUCUGUUACAGCAAUAGAGCUCAUUCCCUCUGUAACCAAUCCAGAGAAUUUACCAUCCCUUCCAGACAUCCCACCGAUACAGUUGGAAGAUGCUGGUUCAAGUAGUUUAGAUAAUCUCCUAAGUAGAUAUAUCUCAGGCAGUCACUUACCCCCUCAGCCUACAAGUACCAUGAAUCCCUCUCCAGGACCCUCUGCCCUCUCACCAGGAUCAUCAGGCUUAUCCAAUUCUCACACACCUGUGAGGCCACCAAGUACCUCCAGCACAGGCAGUCGAGGCAGCUGUGGGUCAUCAGGCAGAGCUACAGAGAAAGCAAGUCUUAGCUUCAAAUCUGACCAAGUAAAGGUCAAGCAAGAGCCAGGGACUGAAGAAGAAAUAUGCAGCUACUCAGGAACUGUGAAACAAGAGAAAACCGAGGAUGGCAGGAGGAGUGCAUGCAUGUUAAGCAGUCCUGAGAGCAGCUUGACACCACCCCUCUCAACCAACUUGCAUCUGGAGAGUGAGCUGGACGCAUUAGGAAGCUUGGAAAAUCAUGUCAAAACAGAACCUAUGGAUAUCGGUGAAAGCUGUAAACAGCCUGGGCUUAGCAGUCUUGUCAAUGGAAAAUCUCCAAUGCGAAACCUAAUGCACCGUUCAGCAAGGACUGGAGAAGGCAACAAUAAAGAGGAUGACCCAAAUGAAGAUUGGUGUGCUGUGUGCCAAAAUGGAGGGGAUCUUUUAUGCUGUGAAAAGUGUCCAAAGGUCUUUCACCUCACCUGUCACGUUCCAACACUUCUCAGCUUUCCAAGUGGAGACUGGAUUUGCACAUUUUGCAGAGAUCUUGGGAAACCUGAAGUUGAAUAUGAUUGUGACAAUUUGCAACACAGCAAGAAGGGAAAAACUGCACAGGGCUUGAGCCCCAUGGACCAAAGGAAAUGUGAACGUCUGCUGCUUUACCUCUAUUGCCAUGAACUGAGCAUUGAAUUCCAGGAACCAGUCCCUGUCUCGAUACCAAACUACUAUAAAAUUAUAAAGAAACCAAUGGAUUUGUCCACAGUGAAAAAGAAGCUUCAAAAGAAACAUUCCCAACACUACCAAAUCCCAGAUGACUUUGUGGCAGACGUCCGAUUGAUCUUCAAGAACUGUGAAAGGUUUAAUGAAAUGAUGAAAGUUGUUCAAGUUUAUGCAGAAACACAAGAGAUUAAUUUGAAGGCUGAUUCAGAAGUAGCACAGGCAGGGAAAUCAGUUGCUUUGUACUUUGAAGAUAAACUCACAGAGAUCUACUCAGACAGGACCUUCCCGCCUUUGCCAGAAUUUGAGCAAGAAGAGGAUGAUGGUGAGAUAACUGAGGACUCUGAUGAAGAUUUUAUCCAGCCACGCCGAAAACGCCUAAAAUCGGAUGAGAGACCCGUACAUAUAAAGUAGAAUGACACCAUGGACCUAAAUAACAUUGUAAAAACUUAUUUAAGUGUUGCUGGAACAUCCCGCCUACGGUGGCCACCUCCUUGAAGAAGCUGGUAGCUUGCUUUUAGACAGUAUUAGAUUGAAAAAUGUUUGGACGGAUAACACAUUCUUGUCAAAAAGAGGGGACAGCUUUAUUGCAGACAUAAAAGAAAAACAAUUGAUUUGAAGUUCCCUGUUCUUCCUGAAGAGGACGGGUCUCCAUGUUCUCACACUUAGAGAUGGGCGAAUAUUGGUGAUCAUGUGUGGUUUAGAUUGGUGUAGGAUACUGGCUGUACAGGUAAAUAAUUUGAGUCAUGUUGCUUGAUAAUUUUUCUCUUAGGACUGGACCAGCACAGUUGCUAAAUCAAACUAUUUCCAAUACUGGGUUCUUGUCUAGUUAAAGUGAAAGUAGCAUUGCUCAAAUUUUCCUCUAAUGUGGACUCAACAUUGAAUCAUGACUUUCAAUCAGUUAGUUUUUCCUCAUUUGAAUGUUUUUGGGCCUAACUUUCUGUGUUAGUUCAGAAAACUAACCUGAUUCUCAUAGCUAGAUGCAGGAAAUUGAACCUUCAUUCAUUUGUUGGUCAGCCUUCCCAGGCUAUACUGAAUUAGUAGUAGGACUGGGGUCAGUGGGCUGAGCCUAAAAAGAAAGAUGGCAGUUCUUCAGUAGUGGAUUAUGUAUAUUUAUAAUAGAGUCCUAUCCAGAAACACACUCCCACACAAUUGCACUUCCCAGGUUAACUCAUUUGAUUGUAUUGUUGCCCCCAUGAAACAGGCAGAAUGUUCGUUCCAAAAUUAAUUUAGUCUCAUGUGCAUUUAAAUUUGAGUCUGAGAAGGUAACUACUGGCAGUCAUCCAGUCUUCCUUCAUAUCAGUUUUCUGAUAGACCACUAUUGGCAAACAAUAAUCUGUCAACUACCAAAUGUGUAAAAUUUCCUGUAUUUCACUUUGUCUUAUUUGUAAAUAGUGAACUGAAACUUCUGGCAGAUCGGCAACAUUUGCUGAGCCUGUUUUUUAAGCUAAUGUGUAUUCUUACUAAUGUUCCUAUCAAGAAUGGAUUUGUAAUAUAUGCUGUCUAUUUCUAACAUCACAUUCAUAUUUUGAGGUUCUAUCUUAUUUUAAUAGAGAACAGACUUCUCAAAGCUUUCUUCAGAAACAGCUUGUGAAUGAAAUGUUUAAAAGAUUAUAACAAACCCGGUGGGGUUAGAUUACUCAUCCGUCCACCAAGUGGGACAUUUGCAUGGACUGGGGACUUAAAGGCCUUGAAGAGGGUGAGGAGUCAGAGCCUGAAAACCAGCCAGUGCCCACUUGAAUGGUCCUUGGAGUGUACCCACCUCUGCUGCCCUCAUCACAGCAUUACCAGGCAGAUAAAUCAACUUUACUCUGGAAUGGUUCAUUUUUCCUCUCUCCAUUAGUAAUGCUUAGAUCCAAGACAUGUGUAAUUUAGCCCUUGUACAGGCUUCUCUUUUGUUAGGAAGAACAUUUUAAAGUCCUACUUUUGUUUGGACAAAUUAGACCGUAAUACGGUGGCCAAAAUCAAAGAAUGUGCUAUUAGAUAUUUUCUCAGACACAGCAGAUUUGUGGCAAACCUUUUGCCUUUUUUUUUUUUAAAUAAACAUUCAGCAUGAGUAGUUCAUACAGUAUAGGCCAUUCAUGAAAUGAAAUUAUUUGGCUUAACUGUACUGUAGAAAUAACUAUUUUUAGCUCAUUUUGAACCAACAAAAACACUCUAAAGAAAUGCUUAUACAAAAUUCCUUUGGGUUGUUUCUUUUAUUUACCAAGGGAAGAAAAACAAAUAACCUUGAGGCCUUUCUAAAAUAUUAAAGAAAACAGAGUGGAGUCCAUAAAUGCUAGUUCGAUUCACCUCCCUGUAUGAUCCUAAAUUCCAGACCUUCCUGUAAAUUGAAUUACAAAAGAGGCAUUAAAAUAGUUUAGAAUUUCACUCGAGUUUGCAGAGAAUAGCUUUCCUCUAAGAGUAGCUACCUUUUUUACUUGAAAGAACUUUUCUCUGAGUCCUCCAUUCCUGCUUUCCCUUCCACCUCCUCCCUUCUUUAUCACUUUGGAAUGAGUGGAAGAACACACUUGUUGGAAGGCCUUUUGGGUCAAAAGGGCAGGGGUGCUUUGAGUCCUGAUGUGGGCUGUGCCUUUGCUUUCCCUUUCCUAAUUCUUCAUUAUUGUUUCAUCGGCACAAUCUGUCAUUUUAGAAAAGAAGGAAUUACCCAUUUAUUUUCUGUUUGUUUUCCAGUAUUUGUAUCCUUGGGGAGGGGGGAUAGAAAUAAGGCAAGUUUGUUUCUUAAAGACCAUGUCAGAAAUUCUUCAAAUCAUUUGGAAUAUGAUGUGCAGAAAAUCAUAUUGCUUCUCCAGUAGCCAUUCACUGUUGUGCAAAUAAACAGGUCGAAAGUAU